AUGCCGUCAUACCUCACUCGCCGCGUCGUUCGCUCGCUCAUUGCCAACGAACCCAUUGUACAUCGCGGAUGCUUACGACGGCGAGCAUACAGCACGUUGACAACCACUUCAGCAUCAGCAUCUUCAAGACAUAGUAGUGGCCAACAUGUCGCACUUACAGCGCCGCCGACAUCUCAAAGGCGCACCUUCUUCAACAAUUUCAGCCCGUUCGGGAAAACGAGACAAGAAACCCUAGAGGCGAACACUGAUCCCGGGAUCGACAAGCUUAUGGAGCUUUCCAAGAAGAAGAGAAUGCAAGCGCGACUUCCUUCUCCCAGCGAGAUUGGAAAGGCUUUUACACGAUUCUUUGACCACCGCCAGAAGGUAAAGAAAGGCAUAGAGGAUACCCACGCCCAACUGGCCGUCGAGGCUUUGCGACAUAUUGCAGCAAGUGACGGAGAACAAGAUGGACACCUUUCUCAGCUACGAGUCAUUGUUACACCUGGGAAAAGCGUAUUCACAGCUUUGUUGAGGACUUCUGAACCCACCGACACGCACGUACAGCUUGCGCAAAUGCUUUAUGACGCAUUGAAGUCGUCCAAAUUGACGGAUAUGCGGGUUUCGGCUGCGAGAACGUACAUAUGGGUCCUGGGUAGAGCGGCUCACGGCCUGGAGGCACGACAAGUAAUGGAAGAUCUUGAAAAAGGGGAAGACUCGUGGAAGCUGGACAAAACAACACACCCUCAUGAGGAUACAGAGGAACAAGAAAUAUCUGUCGAGGAGCAAGUGGAGUCUGAGGCGCCAGACAGAGGUACAAUCACCAGGUCACAACGUCGGAAACUGUGGAGCGCGGUCUUCAGGGCCACUGCUCUAGCGAAUGACGAAACAAAACUCCUCGAGAUCCUGGAAAUCAUGCGAGAUCGUGGAUAUCUCCCGCUUGCUGCAGUCGCUGACGCAAUGGUUCGAUUUUACGUUCGAAGAGAUAAUCUGGACAAUGUGCAGUCUUGGUAUCAAGAGGCGUGGCGGCUCCACACCAGCACAUCUAGACACACCGACACCAUGGUCAAGGAGGUGACUGAGCUGUUUCGCCUUGUCCUCCAAUGGUGUCUUUCAACGGAGCAUGUCGAGUUCGGGCACGAAGUUAUUCGUCUGGCUACUAUGCGAAAUCCACCAAAGAUUAUGUGGGACGCCAUCUUUGUCUGGGCCGCCGGCACCGGCAAGGGGGCAGACGAGAUUGGGCGCAUGUUUAACGUCAUGGAGAAUUCAAAUCGCAGCACUUCUGAUCGUGAUCAAUCGCGCGUACCAGAUAUCGCCACAAUCAACGGCCUGGUUGAAUUCGCUACUUCUCGAAACGAUCCAUACCUUGCCGAGCGAUUCAUCGCGCUUGGGCAUCAGAGGGGCAUCUCGCCCGACUCUCGAACCUAUGUACUGCAAAUGGAGUAUAGGCUCAAGGUUAACGACGUCGAUGGCGCUCUCAUCGCUUACACGAACUUACAGGCUAUGGAUCUUUCGGACAACGGAGAUGUUCCGGCAGUCAACAAGCUCAUCGUGGCCUUGUGCAACAGCAGACGGCACGAUUUUGACACCAUCAUGAAUGUCACUGCCGACCUUUCCGAUAGAAGAGCUCGCUUUGAGGCCCCUGCAGUUUCCAGCCUUGCGUUGCUGCAUCUUCGCCGGGAUGAGUUCCACGACGUGGCUGACUUGCUCAGCACUCACGCCUCGCAAUACUCUUCCUCGGAGCGCGCUGAAAUCCGCAGGGCUAUUCUCGCGUUUGCGCUGGACGCCAAAACGCCACUCUCCCGCUCAUGGGAUGCAUACAACAUUCUUCGGUCCAUUUUUGAUGAGAUGCCUAGACCGCAAAGGACGGAAAUAAUGGCGCACUUCUUCCGUCAAGAGCGACCUGACCUGGCGGUGCAUGUAUUCACGGGUAUGCGUCGGCAUUCUCGAGACGACACCAUUCCAACCAUUGAUACCUAUGCUACGGCCUUCCUGGAGUGUGCCAAGAUUCGCGAUAUCGAGAGUCUAGAAGUCAUUCAUAAUCAACUUAAGCUGGACUACAACGUCAAUGUUGAUACAUACCUCUAUAACACCCUCAUCAUAGGGUAUACAGCAUGCGGCAAACCGCGCCGAGCAAUGGAUUUCUGGGACGACAUAGUCUCUUCGAAAGAAGGACCAACGUACAACACCAUUCACAUCGCUUUCAGGGCCUGUGAAAAGUCGCCUUUUGGUGAUCUCAAAGCACAAGAAAUCUGGCAAAAGCUUCGGAGGCAGAAAGUGGACAUCGACCAGGCCAUGUGGGCAUCAUAUGUGGCGGCGCUUGCCGGCAAUGGCGAUAAUGAACUUGCGAUCUCUACGCUUGAAGAGGCAGAGGCUAAGAACGAGGUCGAGAUCGAUGCUUUCUUGCUGGGAAGUCUUCUCACGGGCGCUCCCGGGCAGGAGAAGCAAGCGGAAAUCACGGGUUGGGCGAAGGAAAGAUACCCGCAUGCCUGGGAGGCUUUGGAGAAGAUCGGAUUCGACGUGGAUGAAGCUGGCAUGAAGAUAGCCAAGAUCGAUCGCAGCGUGACGCCUUGA